AUGCCUUGGAAAAACACGCUGAAAAGCCUCAAGUCCGAGCUCGAGGCCAUGAUCAAGCCUCGAGACGAGGAGCACCAGCAGCACCAGCAGCAGCAACCGCCGCCGCCGCCGCCGCCGCCGUCUCUCAUUGCCACUUGCCGCCCUCCGGGACCCAGCCCAACCUUCCACACAUACUGGGUUCCCAGAUUCCAUCCCGACACACCCGUCAACGCGGAGUGGAAUGCGAAGCUCGGCAACGCCGACGGCUGGGGCAACCAGGAGCUGGAGCACUACACCGCUGCUGCCGAAAACUCAUUCCACACCGUCAACGGACAGCUGGUCAUCAGGGCGCUCGUAAACAGCAGCUCGGCGUGCCCCGAGCAGCGGUAUACCUCGGCUCGGCUCGUGAGCAGGCGCACCUUUGAGCGCGACCAGGGCGUCCUCACAGCCGUCGUCUUGUCUCCCUGCGCUGACGGCAUAUGGCCCGCCUUUUGGCUCCUGCCCCAGGAGCCGUUCAACUGGCCCGUCGACGGGGAGAUCGACAUUGCCGAGACCUGGAACGGCGACCGCGAGAACAGGACCUGUCUGCACUGGGGCCGGCAUACCGAGCCCCAGAAGCACCGCGUGCUGGGGACGAAGAUCCCCGACAUGCACUGCCGCCCCGUGAGAUACGACCUUGCCUGGCAGCAGCCCGGGGGCCGGGCAGGCCAGGGCAGGCUGAUUUGGUACAUUGACGGCAGGCCGGUGAUGAAGGCGCCUGUCCCGGCGGGGACGCGGCCCAUGAGGGACAUGACCGUCUUGCUGAACGUGGCCAUUGGUGGUAACGUGUGCGGUGGCAAGACGCCGCCGGAUGGGUGCUACGACAUGGUCGUCUACACCAUGUACUUGGCGAGCGAGCUGGAGCACGGCGGAUGGGGGAGAUUCCAAGCAGAUUGGGACUGUGGAGGGACUCCGUCUGGGAACCCCUACUAA